AUGCGACACGCCACCCACGCCACCUACCACUCAAUCACCCACACCAUCUGCCAUGCACCAUCCUCGCCCCACACCACCUCUACCUUCCACACACGCCACCUACCACCCACGCCUCCUACCCACACUACACACCACCCGCAUCACCUACCACCAACGCCACACACCACCCUUGUCACCUACCACCCACGCCACCUACCCACACCACCUACCAUCAACGCCACACACCACCUACCACCAACGCCACACACCAUCUACCACCAACGCCACACACCACCUACCACCCACGACACCUACCAUCCACGACACCUACCAUCCACGACACCUACCAUCCACGACACCUACCAUCCACGACACCUACCAUCCACGACACCUACCAUCCACGAGACCUGCCACACACCACUUACUACCAACGCCUCACCACCCACCACCCAAUCGAUCAAUUUGCCUUGA